ACAAGAAAGCUAGUGUACAAAAUUGACAAAAACAAAACACACACACAGCACACUCUAUAAUGGCACAACACUAGAUAUCAGUAUCAGCUACACACACUCCACCACCACACACUCACCCGGUGAUUUUUUCAAGCUUACACGACUAGUUUACAAUAUACAUUCUAACAAUUAUCGUCGGAGUGACGAGAAUCGAACGAAUCUAAUAUUCGUUCUCAUAAUUAUCUUUAGGAGCGAGCGAGAAUCGAACCUGAACUCACGGUAAUAAACAAAUGUCAGGAGACUCACAAGACUCAAUGAGCGAGCCAAGCGACUGGGACGACUCGCAAUCGAGUCUCUACGAGGCCUACAACGAGCUCCACGGCCUAGCGCAAGAGCUCGACACGCCGUUCGAUGCUCCGGCGGUCCUCGUCGUCGGUCACCAAACGGACGGCAAGAGUGCUCUAGUGGAAGCACUCAUGGGAUUCCAAUUCAAUCAUGUCGGUGGCGGUACAAAGACUCGGAGACCUAUUACGCUUCAUAUGAAGUUCAAUCCUGAUUGUCAUUCCCCUCUUUGUUACCUUCUCUCCGAUUCCGAUCCUUCCGUUACGCAGCACAAGUCUCUUCUUGACCUCCAGGUUUACAUUGAAGCUGAAAACAUGAGGUUGGAGCAUGAACCAUGUCAAUUUUCUGCAAAGGAGAUAAUUAUUAAAGUUGAAUAUAAAUUUUGUCCGAAUCUCACCAUUAUAGAUACCCCGGGGCUUGUUGCUCCUGCGCCUGGUCGAAAAAACCGUGCUUUACAGGCUCAAGCUCGAGCAGUAGAAUCCCUAGUGCGUGCAAAAAUGCAGCAUAAGGAGUUCAUCAUAUUAUGUCUUGAAGAUUGCAAUGACUGGAGCAAUGCAACUACACGCAGGGUGGUAAUGCAAAUAGAUCCUGAACUUGCAAGGACUGUGGUUGUGUCGACAAAGCUUGACACCAAGAUACCUCAGUUUGCACGUGCUUCAGAUGUGGAAGUUUUCCUUUCACCUCCUGUCUGCGUUCUUGAUGGCUUCAUGCUAGGCAAUUCUCCAUUUUUCACGUCUGUGCCAUCUGGAAGAGUUGGUUCUGGACAUGAAUCUGUUUACAGAUCCAAUGACGAGUUUAAACAGGCAAUUUCUUUGAGGGAGAUGGAAGAUGUGGCAUCGUUGGAGGAGAAGUUGGGCAGGUCUUUAUCAAAGCAAGAAAGAAGUAGGAUAGGUGUAAGCAGCCUUAGAUUGUUCUUAGAGGAGUUACUGCAGAAAAGAUAUAUGGAUAGCGUCCCACUGAUCAUUCCACUUCUUGAGAAAGAAUACAGGAGUACCACAAGAAAGCUAAAUGAAAUAAAUCAGGAACUCAGCACUUUGGAUGAAGUAAAACUAAAGGAAAAAGGAAGAGCUUUUCAUGAUCUGUUCCUGACUAAGUUAUCAUUACUAUUGAAGGGGACUGUGGUUGCACCUCCAGAUAAAUUUGGGGAAACACUACAAGAUGAGAGAGUGAAUGGAGGGGCAUUUAUUGCGACUGACGGUCUUCAGUUUCCCCACAAGCUAAUACCAAAUGCAGGCAUGAGGCUCUAUGGAGGUGCGCAAUAUCAUCGUGCAAUGGCUGAAUUUCGUUUUGUUGUUGGUGGUACCAAGUGUCCUCCAAUUACUCGUGAAGAGAUUGUAAAUGCAUGUGGAGUGGAAGAUAUUCAUGAUGGAACCAACUACUCAAGGACUGCUUGUGUAAUUGCUGUUGCAAAAGCUCGUGAUACAUUUGAGCCUUUCCUUCAUCAGUUGGGCAGCAGGCUCCUGCAUAUCCUGAAGAGAUUACUCCCUAUUUCUGUUUAUCUUCUUCAGAAAGAUGGUGAGUUUUUGAGUGGCCACGAAGUGUUUUUAAGGCGUGUGGCUUCUGCCUUCAACAACUUUGCAGAAUCCACUGAAAGAUCAUGCCGUGACAAAUGCAUGGAAGACUUGGUAAGCACAACACGUUAUGUGAGCUGGUCCCUCCACAACAAGAACCGUGCUGGCUUACGUCAAUUCUUAGACUCAUUUGGUGGAAAUGAACAGUCUGCUAUUGGAGGCAACUCGUUGCAGGCAAACAUAUCACAAGAUUCCUCUUUUAGCUCAGUGCUCAGCGAUAAGCAGGAUGGUAAGGCAAGGGCAGAUGUGAAACUCAGUCAUUUGGCUUCAGCAAUUGACUCGAGCACAAAUAUGCAAACUAUGGAGACAAGGCUAGCAGAUCUUUUAGAUAGCACCUUAUGGAACAGGAGACUUGCUCCUUCAUCUGAAAGAAUUGUUUAUGCUUUGGUACAACAGAUAUUCCAUGGCAUAAGAGAAUAUUUCUUGGCUUCUGUUGAACUAAAGUUCAAUUGCUUUCUACUGAUGCCAGUUGUGGACAAGUUGCCUGCACUUCUUCGAGAGGAUUUAGAAUCUGCAUUUGAAGACAAUUUAGAUAAUGUUUUUGACAUCACUAAUUUGCGCCAUUCAUUUGGUCAACAAAAGAGAGAAACAGAAAUUGAGCUGAAAAGGAUACAGAGGCUUAAAGAGAAAUUCAAACAAAUACAUGAGCAGCUCAACUCUGAGAAGCGCAUUCGAACACCAUAACUUCUACCAGAGUGCUAGAUUAUAAUAUCAUACGGAAUGGAGAUUUGUUACAUCAAGAACAUCUUGUGUUAUAUCUGUGAGCCCUAGUUUCUUUCUAUCUUCAGUUUGUAGUUAUGGUUUAUGAAUGGAAUACCUUGCAUGUAUUUGGUUGCUGUACUUUAGACAUGAUUUUAGUUUACCUGAUUUUAUGAAUAUAUUCUCUCUCAUUUGUAAGUAA